CAAAUGGCCGCCCAUACUGCUGCUCUUUAAAUAUUUGUUACUUUUAUUUCAUAUUGUUUGAUUUUUGUGUGUGAUUUUCUUUGGUAUUCUUUCUUAAAACUGUAUUGUUGGUUAAGGGCUUGUAAAUAAGCAUUUCACUGUUGUAUUCGGCGCAUGUGACAAAUAAAAUGUGAUUUGAUUUGAUUUCAUAAGGAACAUAACAUUCCACAUACCAAUUAGGAUCUGGCUAAAAAUACUUGAAUCAGUUAUAGAACCCAUUGUCCUUUAUGGUUGUGAGGUCUGGGGUCCGCUCACAAACCAAGAAUUCACAAAAUGGGACAAACACCAAAAUUGAGACUCUGCAUGCAGAAUUCUGCAAAAAUAUCCUCCGUGCACAACGUAAAACACCAAAUAAUGCAUGCAGAGCAGAAUUAGGACGAUACCCGCUAAUGAUCAAAAUCCAGAAAAGAGCCGUUAAAUUCUACAACCAUCUAAAAGGAAGCGAUGCUAUUUGGCCCUAAACAGAGAGUACACAGUGGCAGAAUACCUGACCACUGUGACUGACCCAAAAUGAAGAAAAGCUUUGACUAUGUACAGACUCAGUGAGCAUAGCCUUGCUAUUGAGAAACGCCACCGUGGGCAAACCUGGCUCUCAAGAGAAGACAGGCUAUGUGCACACUGCCCACAAAAUGAGGUGGAAACUGAGCUGCACUUCCUAACCUCCUGCCAAAUGUAUGACCAUAUUAGAGACACAUAUUUCCCUCAGAUUACACAGACCCACAAAGAAUUCAAAAACAAAUCCAAUUUUGAUAAACUCCCAUAUCUAUUGGGUGAAAUACCACAGUGUGCCAUCACAGCAGCAAGAUUUGUGACCUGUUGCCACAAGAAAAGGGCAACCAGUGAAGAACAAACACUAUUGUAAAUACAACCCAUAUUUAUGUUUAUUUAUUUUCCAUUUGUACUUUAACUAUUUGCACAUCGUUACAACACUGUAUAUAGACAUAAUAUGACAUUUGAAAUGUCUUUAUUCUUUUGGAACUUCUGAGUGUAAUGUUUACUGUUAAUAUUUAUUGUUUAUUUCACUUUUGUUUACUAUCUACUUCACCUGCUUUGGCAACGUUAACACACGUUUCCCAUGCCAAUAAAGCCCUUAAAUUGAGUUGGGAGAUCUAAUCAGCCACUACAAACGUAAGCUAACUUUAGCCAGUGCUAGCUAACAAUCAGUGGAAGUCAUAGGGCCAACAGAGCAGGUCGCCGUAGAGAUGAAAUAGAACCAGCGCUCUGAUGCUCAGUACCUGGUUUUGGCUUUACAGGUCAUAGAAUUACAUACAGUGAGGGGAAAAAAGUAUUUGAUCCCCUGCUGAUUUUGUACGUAUGCCCACUGACAAAGAAAUGAGUCUAUAAUUUUAAUGGUAGGUUUAUUUGAACAGUGAGAGACAGAAUAACAACAAAAAAAUCCAGAAAAACGCAUGUCAAAAAUGUUAUAAAUUUAUUUGCAUUUUAAUGAGGGAAAUAAGUAUUUGACCCCCUCUCAAUCAGAAAGAUUUCUGGCUCCCAGGUGUCUUUUAUACGGGUAACGAGCUGAGAUUAGGAGCACACUCUUAAAGGGAGUGCUCCUAAUCUCAGCUUGUUACCUGUAUAAAAGACACCUGUCCACAGAAGCAAUCAAUCAAUCAGAUUCCAAACUCUCCACCAUGGCCAAGACCAAAGAGCUCUCCAAGGAUGUCAGGGACAAGAUUGUAGACCUACACAAGGCUGAAAUGGGCUACAAGACCAUCGCCAAGCAGCUUGGUGAGAAGGUGACAACAGUUGGUGUGAUUAUUCGCAAAUGGAAGAAACACAAAAGAACUGUCAAUCUCCCUCGGCCUGGGGCUCUAUGCAAGAUCUCACCUCGUGGAGUUGCAAUGAUCAUGAGAACGUUGAGGAAUCAGCCCAGAACUACAUGGGAGGAUCUUGUCAAUGAUCUCAAGGCAGCUGGGACCAUAGUCACCAAGAAAACAAUUGGUAACACACUACGCCGUGAAGGACUGAAAUCCUGCAGCGCCCGCAAGGUCCCCCUGCUCCAGAAAGCACAUAUACAGGGCCGUUUGAAGUUUACCAAUGAACAUCUGAAUGAUUCAAAGGAGAACUGGGUGAAAGUGUUGUGGUCAGAUGAGACCAAAAUGGAGCUCUUUGGCAUCAACUCAACUCGCCGUGUUUGGAGGAGGAGGAAUGCUGCCUAUGACCCCAAGAACUCCAUCCCCACCGUCAAACAUGGAGGUGGAAACAUUAUGCUUUGGGGGUGUUUUUCUGCUAAGGGGACAGGACAACUUCACCGCAUCAAAGGGACGAUGGACGGGGCCAUGUACCGUCAAAUCUUGGGUGAGAACCUCCUUCCCUCAGCCAGGGCAUUGAAAAUGGGUCGUGGAUGGGUAUUCCAGCAUGACAAUGACCCAAAACACACGGCCAAGGCAACAAAGGACUGGCUCAAAAAGAAGCACAUUAAGGUCCUCGAGUGGCCUAGCCAGACUCCAGACGUUAAUCCCAUAGAAAAUCUGUGGAGAGAGCUGAAGGUUUGAGUUGCCAAACAUCAGCCUAGAAACCUUAAAGACUUGGAGAAGAUCUGCAAAGAGGAGUGGGACAAAAUCCCUCCUGAGAUGUGUGCAAACCUGGUGGCCAACUACAAGAAACGUCUGACCUCUGUGAUUGCCAACAAGGGUUUUGCCACCAAGUAUUAAGUCAUGUUUUGCAGAGGGGUCAAAUACUUAUUUCCCUCAUUAAAAUGCAAAUCAAUUUAUACUUUUUUGGGGGGAUUUUUGUUGUUGUUAUUCUGUCUCUCACUGUUCAAAUAAACCUACCAUUAAAAUUAUACACUGAUCAUUUCUUUGUCAGUGGGCAAACAUACAAAAUCAGCAGGGGAUCAAAUAAAUGUUUUCCUUCACUGUACAUAAUCCAGAAAAUUCUAAUUUCAUUACAUUCAAUCUAUAGUGUAAUAGUAUAUCUGUGUCAUUGGGAUUUGUCUCUUGUUGACUUCCAGUGUUCCAGAACACCUGGUAAAAAGCAUCACCUGGCAGACACUCCAGGCUGUCAACUUCUGUCAUAAACAGAACGUAAGUGGUUUCCCCUACUCUUUCUCCCUCUCCUACCAAACCACUGGUUAACUGUUUUACUAGCGUUUCCAGUCUCCUGGCUGACCAGCCGUUAAUCUUUCACUGAGAUAAUCUUUCACCCCCCCCCCCCCCCCCCGAUCUGCUGCAUGUCUUCUCUAGCCUGGCAAAGUACCAGGUCGCCUUGCCACAUCCUAACUGUGUGAUAAUGACCAUAGGAGUUGACAAGACGGCACAAACUGAUCUGGAACCCAGGCUGUGUCUUCUUAUCGCGCGUAGAUGAACAGCCUUACAAGACAACCACAUGACCGGCUGUGGUUGAAUGAAUGGUCCGCCUGGCUGGCACUGCAAGAUGACUAACGUUUUUUUGUUUCCAUGUUGGCUCUGUCUCCUGCAGUGCAUCCACAGAGACGUGAAGCCGGAGAAUAUCCUAAUCACUAAACAGCAGGUCAUUAAGCUCUGUGACUUCGGAUUCGCCAGGAUCCUCAGUAAGUUAUUGGUUACGUCACUAUGGUGUGUAGGGCUCUGGUCAAAAGUAGUGCACUAUGUAGGGAAUAGGGUGCUGGGCGGAAUAGUCACGUUACUGUUCUGUUACUGUAGGUCUACUGCCACCUGGUGGACUCCUGCUGUAAUACCACUGUCACUUUCUGCCAUUGCCUCACCAUUGAAAUCAACACUAGUUCCAUUUCUUAUCAAUUAUUUCCCCCUAAACAGAGUCUUGUAUCUAACAGCUUCCAGACUCGUGUGUGUGUCUGGUGGGGAAUAUAACACAAGACAGCAAAAAUAUGAAUUUUUGAUUCACGUUGGACAAUUCAGUUAUAUUUAUUCUGUUCUGUUCCAUCCUAUACAAUUAUAUUCUAAAAAUCUGUAUAUGUUGUGUAAAGCCUGCUUAUAAAAAGUCUUACAAUGCAUUAUAACCGCAUUAUAUUUAAAUUAAUUAUACCCGCAGGCAUUAAGUCGUGUUCCUAAACAGAGAUAUGUAUGGAUCUGUCCCUGCAGCCGGUCCAUGUGACUACUACACGGACUAUGUAGCAACGCGGUGGUACCGGGCCCCUGAGCUGCUAGUGGGCGAUACUCAGUAUGGAGCCCCUGUUGACGUCUGGGCGCUGGGCUGUGUCUUCUCUGAGCUGCUCUCUGGCGCCCCCCUCUGGCCCGGCAAGUCAGACAUGGACCAGCUCUACCUCAUCAGGAAGACACUGGGUACGUGGGAUUCAUAUCCCAAAUGGCACCCUAUUCCCUUCAUAGUGCACUACUUUUGGCACCCUAUUCCCUUCAUAGUGCACUACUUUUGGCACCCUAUUCCCUUCAUAGUGCACUACUUUUGGCACCCUAUUCCCUUCAUAGUGCACUACUUUUGGCACCCUAUUCCCUUCAUAGUGCACUACUUUUGGCACCCUAUUCCCUUCAUAGUGCACUACUGUUGGCACCUUAUUCCCUUCAUAGUGCACUACUGUUGGCACCCUAUUCCCUUCAUAGUGCACUACUUUUGGCACCUUAUUCCCUUCUUAGUGCACUACUGUUGGCACCCUAUUCCCUUCUUAGUGCACUACUUUUGACCAGAGCCUGGAAAUAAGGUGCCAUUUAAGACACUAAUGUUUCAGUUAGUGACGCGUUAUUCAGUUAUUAUUCAGUUAGUGAGCUUCGUUAUCUUAUUCGUUAUUAUUCAGUUAGUGAGCGUUAUUCAGUUUAGUUGUGGCGUUAUUCAGUUAGUGAUGCGUUAUUCAGUUUAUUCAGAUGGCGUUAUUCAGUUAUUAUUCAGUUAGUGACGCGUUAUUCAGUUAGUGAUGCGUUAUUCAGUUAUUAUUCAGUUAGUGACGCGUUAUUCAGUUAUUAUUCAGUUAGUGACGUGUUAUUCAGUUAGUGAUGCGUUAUUCAGUUAUUAUUCAGUUAGUGAUGCGUUAUUCAGUUAUGAUUCAGUUAGUGAGCGUUAUUCAGUUAUUAUUCAGUUAGUGAUGCGUUAUUUUAUUCAGUUAGUGAUGCGUUAUUUCAGUUAUUAUUCAGUUAGUGAUGCGUUAUUCAGUUAGUGAUGGCGUUAUUCAGUUUAUUAUUCAGUUAGUGAUGCGUUAUUCAGUUAGUGACGCGUUAUUCAGUUAGUAUUUAUUCAGUUUAGUGAUGCGUUAUUCAGUUUAUUAUUCAGUUAGUGAUGCGUUAUUCAGUUAUGAAUGCGUUAUUCAGUUAUUAUUCUAGUUUAGUGUAUGCGUUAUUCUGUUAUUAUUCAGUUAGUAUGCGCAGUUUAUUCAGUUAGUGAUGCGUUAUUCAGUUAGUGAUGCGUUAUUCAGUUAGUGAUGCGUUAUUCAGUUAUUAUUCAGUUAGUGAUGCGUUAUUCAGUUAGUGAUGCGUUAUUCAGUUAUUAUUCAGUUAGUGAUGUACGUUAUUCAGUUAGUGAUGCGUUAUUCAGUUAGUGAUGCGUUAUUCAGUUAGUGAUGCGUUAUUCAGUUAUUAUUCAGUUAGUGACGCGUUAUUCAGUUAGUGACGCGUUAUUCAGUUAGUGAUGCGUUAUUCAGUUAGUGAUGCGUUAUUCAGUUAGUGAUGCGUUAUUCAGUUUUAUUCAGUUAGUGACGCGUUAUUCAGUUAGUGACGCGUUAUUCAGUUAGUGAUGCGUUAUUCAGUUAUUAUUCAGUUAGUGACGCGUUAUUCAGUUUAGUGCGCGUUAUAUUCAGUUAGUGAUGCGUUAUUCAGUUAUUAUUCAGUUUAGUGGACGCGUUAUUCAGUUAUUAUUCAGUUAGUGACGUUUGUUUAUCAGUUAGUGAUGCGUUAUUCGGUUAUUCAGUUAGUGAUGCGUUUAUUCAGUUAGUGAUGCGUUUAUUCAGUUAUUAUUCAGUUAGUGAUAUGCGUUAUUCAGUUAGUGAUGCGUUAUUCAGUUAUAUAUUCAUUAGUGAUCGCGUUAUUCAGUUUUUAGUGAUGCGUUAUUCAGUUAGUGAUGCGUUAUUCAGUUAUUAUUCAGUUAGUGAUGCGUUAUUCAGUUAUUAUUCAGUUAGUGAUGCGUUAUUCAGUUAGUGAUGCGUUAUUCAGUAGUUAUUAUUCAGUUAGUGACGCGUUAUUUCAGUUAGUGAGCGUUCGUUUUAUUCAGUUUACUUAUUCAGUUAGUUGAUGCGUUAUUCAGUUAUUGUAGUGCGUUAUUCAGUUAGUGAGCGUUUAUUCAGUUUAUUAUUCAGUUAGUGACGUGUUAUUCAGUUAGUGAUGCGUUAUUCAGUUUGAUCGUAUUCAGUUAGUGAUGCAUUAUUCAGUUAGUGAGCGUUAUUCAGUUAUUAUUCAGUUUAGUGAUGCGUUAUUCAGUUAGUGACGCGUUAUUCAGUUUUAUUAUUCAGUUUAGUGAUGCGUUAUUCAGUUAGUGAUGCGUUAUUCAGUUAUUAUUCAGUUAGUGACGCGUUAUUCAGUUAGUGAUGCGUUAUUCAGUUAGUGACGUUAUUCAGUUAGUGAUGCGUUAUUCAGUUAUUAUUCAGUUAGUGACGCGUUAUUCAGUUAGUGACGCGUUAUUCAGUUAGUGAUGCGUUAUUCAGUUAGUGAUGCGUUAUUCAGUUAUUAUUCAGUUAGUGAUGCGUUAUUCAGUUAGUGAUGCGUUAUUCAGUUAGUGAUAGUGCGUUAUUCAUUAGUGAUCUUUAUUCAGAUUAGUGAGUGCGUUAUUCAGUUAGUGACGUGUUAUUCAGUUAGUGAUGCGUUAUUCAGUUAGUGAUGCGUUAUUCAGUUAGUGAUGCGUUAUUCAGUUAGUGAUGCGUUAUUCAGUUAUUAUUCAGUUAGUGAUGCGUUAUUCAGUUAGUGAUGCGUUAUUCAGUUAUUAUUCAGUUAGUGAUACGUUUAUUCAGUUAGUGAUGCGUUAUUCAGUUAUUGUUAUUCAGUUAGUGAUGCGUUAUUCAGUUAGUGAUGGCGUUAUUCAGUUUAUUAUUCAGUUAGUUGACGCGUUAUUCAGUUAGUGAUGCGUUAUUCAGUUAGUGAUGCGUUAUUCAGUUAGUGAUGCGUUAUUCAGUUAUUAUUCAGUUUUUGUGACGCGUUAUAUUCAGUUAGUGACGCGUUAUUCAGUUAGUGAUGCGUUAUUCCGUUUAAUUUUAUAUGUCCGUUAUUCGUUAGUGAGCGUCGUUUUAUUCAGUUAGUGACGCGUUAUUCAGUUAGUGAUGCGUUAUUCAGUUAUUAUUCAGUUAGUGACGCGUUAUUCAGUUAUUAUUCAGUUAGUGACGUGUUAUCCAGUUAGUGAUGCGUUAUUCAGUUAUUAUUCAGUUAGUGAUGCGUUAUUCAGUUAGUGAUGCGUUAUUCAGUUAUUAUUCAGUUAGUGAUGCGUUAUUCAGUUAGUGAUGCGUUAUUCAGUUAUUAUUCAGUUAGUGACGCGUUAUUCAGUUAUUAUUCAGUUAGUGAUGCGUUAUUCAGUUAGUGAUGCGUUAUUCAGUUAUUAUUCAGUUAGUAUCGCGUUAUUCAGUCAGUGAUGCGUUAUUCAGUUAGUGAUGCGUUAUUCAGUUAUUAUUCAGUUAGUGAUGCGUUAUUCAGUUAUUAUUCAGUUAGUGAUGCGUUAUUCAGUUAGUGAUGCGUUAUUCAGUUAUUAUUCAGUUAGUGACGCGUUAUUCAGUUAGUGAUGCGUUAUUCAGUUAUUAUUCAGUUAGUGAUGCGUUAUUCAGUUAGUGAUGCGUUAUUCAGUUAGUGAUGCGUUAUUCAGUUAUUAUUCAGUUAGUGACGUGUUAUUCAGUUAGUGAUGCGUUAUUCAGUUAUUAUUCAGUUAGUGAUGCAUUAUCAGUUAGUGAGCGUUAUUCAGUUAUUAUUCAGUUAGUGAUGCGUUAUUCAGUUAGUGACGCGUUAUUCAGUUAUAUCAGUUAGUGAUGCGUUAUUCAGUUUAUUAUUCAGUUAGUGACGCGUUAUUCAUUAGUGAGUGUUAUUCAGUUAUUAUUCAGUUAGUGAUGCGUUAUUCAGUUAGUGAUCGUUUUAUUAUUUUCAGUUAGUGACGCGUAUUCAGUUAGUGAUGCGUUAUUCAGUUAGUGAUACGUUAUUCAGUUAUUAUUCAGUUAGUGACGCGUUAUUCAGUUAGUGACGCGUUAUUCAGUUAUUAUUCAGUUAGUGACGCGUUAUUCAGUUAGUGACGCGUUAUUCAGUUAGUGACGCGUUAUAACAUAUUUCUAUUGAAGAACAUCAGGAAGGACAAGUACACAUUUUCACACACCAGUAUAAUACAAGUUGUUUCACCGGUUAGUUCUGAGUCAGGAACAGGACGAUCAGUGAUCAGUAAACGUGAGCUCCCCAAUGACCGAAAAAUUUAAAAUGAAAUGUAAAACGCAAGGCUGUCGUCACCUGUUACUGUGUGUCAGGUAAAGGAGAGAAGUAAGAGCCUUUUUCUGUCCGUCUGCAGGAGACCUGAUCCCCCGCCACCAGCAGGUAUUCAGUAAAAACCAGUUCUUCAGUGGAGUGUGUAUCCCAGAGCCUCAGGAGAUGGUGAGAACAAACGUAGAAUGAGUCAUCUACCAAAACGUGAAACAAAUCAGUUACCAUAAAACAUCUUGAGGAGCGUACUGUAUGUCAGGGUUCCCCAACUGGCGGCCCGCGGGUGGUUUUAUUUUUUAAAAAUUUCUCCUCCCAUUGUUGGACAUUAAAGACUGUAAAAACAGCAGGAAAUCAGCUCCAAGUGAUUUUAAUUUUGGAAAUCUGUUCGCAAGAAUUCCCACGCAUAACAAAGAGACGUGAUCGUAUACAAAUGUAAGGGAGGUUUGAAAUGAUUAUGUUUUAGACAAAUAUGAUCCGUUUGGGCUUCUUGUGGUCAAUUUGCAGUCUACAAAUUAUUUUUUAUUGUGUCCCUGCCUUCCGACCAUCCGCUCAGGAAAAAAAAAAACCUGCCCGCGGCUGAAUCUAGUUGAUGAUCCCUGCUGUAUAUCAAUCAAAUCAACGUUUAUUUGUCAUAUACACGGGAUACAGCGGGGUGUAAACUGUGCAAUGAAAUGCUUACUCGCUGCCUCAGAACACUGCGUGAAUUAUCAAAGGGUAAAAAAUGAUACACAAUAAGGCAUCAUUUAUCCUCCAAUAGGAAUCUCUGGAACUGAAAUACCCCAACCUGUCAUAUCAAGCACUGAGUCUGAUGAAGGUAAGCCUGUCUAUCCACCAUUCACCUGCUAGCAAUUUGUGUGGUAAAAAUAUCUGGUUCUCUAAUGAAAUGAAUGUCUCGGAUCUCUCAUUUAAUGGUCUCUGAUGUUUAUUUGCAAAUCUUCAUUCCCUCCCUCCUUCCCUAAAUGACCUUUGCCCCAUUCCUAAAUGACCUUUGCCCCUUGAUCCCCAGGGCUGCCUGCGUAUGGACCCGUCGGAGCGGCUGACCUGUGAGCAGCUUCUGGAGCACCCGUACUUCGACAGCCAACGGGAGGAGAGCGAGAGCACCGGCCGGGAACAUGACCGCUCCACCAAGAGGAGGACACACCUCCUGCCCCGUAAACACCUCCCACCUGGGGUCAGUAUGCUUCUUCACGUUAAACAGCCGGUCCCAAUUCACUCCCUACCCCUUGGCUCUAACCCUUCAAUAUUUGUAGAUCUGUAAGGUGGAACUUGGAAGCAAUAUGGUGGAAGCUCCACGCAAAUUGGGACCAGCUGUCAGAGAUGGCAAAAUGCUGUCCAAACAGUUAAAGGUGUCUACAUAAUGCAGUACAUCCUCUGCCAUGUUUGUAUUAUCUUCCAAUAUCUACAUUCUCUCCUAUGAGAUGACAUAUUGUUGCUCUUCCAACUGUAUUGACACUCUUGUUUUCUUCCCCCCUCCCUCCCCUUUCCUCCCCCCCUCCCUCCCCUUUCCUCCCCCCCUCCCUCCCCUUUCCUCCCCCCUUCCCUCCCCUUUCCUCCCCCCCCUUCCUCCCCCCCUCCCCUCCCUUUCCUCCCCCUCCCUCCCCCUCCUCCCCCCUUUCCUCCCCCCCUCCCCUCCCCUUUCCUCCCCCCCCCUCCCCCUUCCUCCCCUCCCCUUCCUCCCCCCCUUCCUCCCCCCUCCCUCCCUCCCCUCCCUUUCCCCCCCUCCCUCCCCCCCUCCCCCCCUCCCUCCCCCCUCCCUCCCCUUUCCUCCCCCCCCCUCCCCUUUCCCCCCCCUUUCCCCCCCCCCUUUUCCCCUCCCCUCCCUCCCCUCCCCCUCCUCCCCCCCCUCCCUCCCCUCCCCCCCUUCCUCCCUCCCUCCCCUCCCUCCCUCCCCUUUCCUCCCUCCCCUUCCCCCUCCCCCCCCUCCCCUUCCCCUCCCUCCCCUUUCCUCCCUCCCUCCCCCUCCCUUUCCCCCUCCCCUCCCUCCCCUUUCCUCCCUCCCUCCUCCCUUUCCUCCCUUCCCUCCCUCCCCUUUCUCCCUCCCUCCCCCUUCCCCCUCCCCCCCUUUUCCCUCCCCCCCUUUCCUCCCCUCCCUCUCCCUCCCCCUUUCCCCCCCUCCCCUCCCCCCCUUUCUCCCUCCCCCCCUGUCCUCCCCCCCCCCCCCCCCCCUCCUCCCUCCCACCCCCUUUUCCCCUCCCCCCCCCUUUCCUCCCCCCUUCCCCCCCCCUCCUCCUCCCUCCCUCCCCUUCCUCCCUCUCCCUCUCCCCUCCCACCCCCUCCCCCUCCCUCCCUCUCCUCCCCCCCCCCCCUCCCUCUCCUCUCCCCUCCCCCCUCCCUCUCCUCUCCUCAGUAUUUGCCUCAGCUCACCAGCAGCAGUAUCUUCCCAGCUCUGGACAACAGGAAGUACUACACCAACCUGAGGAAAUUUAACUACCACUUCCCUAACAUCUAAACCAAACAUUUAGGAUCUGAAUGGUCCAGUCGAAUAUUCAUCAACAUAUACCGUGUUCACAUGCUAGUCGGAACUA